AUGACCGCAGCAGGCAAACAUGCUUGCGCGGAGAAUGGCGUAACAAGCCGGAAAAAGCGGCAGAAGGCCAACCCAUGUGGCCAAAGUCAAGAGGUCGAACCGCAAAGAGAUGUGGGCUUCAAGCUGGCGGGUGAGCUCGGCCAGCUGGUUGGCAAGGGCUUCCUGGAGUUCUCGCCCCUGCCUUGGGUCUGGGAGUUGAUAUCCUUCGUUGAGGAAAUGUAUGACCUCCACCACGAGGAGGUUGAGCAUCAGCUGGAGAAGCUGCGAGACACUUGGCACCUUGGCGACCGCCCUGGUGGCGAAGCCGCAGAGGAAGUAACACGGCGCUUGUGGGCCAAAGGUGUUGCCGUCUACUGUCCACCGCCGUCAGAAGAAGAAGAGGCGCCUUGGUCCAACAGCGGCCCUCGCUUCUAUGUCUCCGUCACGAAGGCCGCCUGGGAGCGCUUUCCUGUCGGUGCUCCUGCGCCACCGAAGGCGUUGCAAAGGUUGCUCUGGCCACACGAGGCCGACCGUGCACUCUCCAAGGAGGGCUCCUGGCCGAAUCUCAUUCGAGGCCUGGGGUGGGCCUUGGCGCCGCCACGCAGCAGUCCACAGGCACUGCAUGCAGACAUUUGGGGCAAUGAUAGACCUCGUCCCGGCCGCGUGCGCUUUCAUCACAUUCUGUGGAAGCGUCAAGGAUCACACUGCAACACGCAAAUCGUGCCCGGCGCAUUCACGGACGGAGAGACUUGGGAGGAGCACUAUACGCAAAUGACGACUGCCAGUGCUCCUUGCCUGCUGGUUGACAACGAGGUCUUGCAUCGAGGAGCUGCCAAUCCCAGCAGGAAUUGGGUAAGCACCUGUUCGAUCGAGCUGUGCACCCGCACAGGCAUCUUGGCAGCAAAACCAGGUUGA